AGAGAGAGGGAAAAGGUCCAAUUUGCGCCUUUGCUAUUUUAAGGGAGGUUGAAAUUACGAGCCAAAGUGGAGUGAUGCACUCUCUGGAGUGACCUCCGUUCUCUCCAGCACAGGAGAAAACCCAGGUCUUUUGCUUGUGAAGUGGCUGGGGCUCUUAGGCGCGAGGCAUUAUUAUAUAAAUUCAAGCUCGCUCCUGAUCCUUAGUACCCUGAGUUGCCUGAAGGGGGGAAUGGCACCGCCUGCGUUUGCAACCCGGGCGCUCCGGCCGCCACUGCAACCAGAGCAAGGAGCGCCCGCCUGCACCACCUGUCCCCGCCGGCAUUCCAGAGUAGAGGCCGAAUUGGCAGCAAGCCGGCCCGGGUCGGUCGCCGCCUCAGUCCGCGCCAGCCCUCCUAGGGGUGUGUCUCUGGGAUUCAACUCCCCGCCGCUCCAGAACAAGCCCCCAAAGGCAUUUUCUUCCUUGGCGGGAGCCUUGCGCGCCCCGCUCUUCGCGCUGCUGCCUCGAGGCCGCCGCAGGCGGAUGCACGACCUCAGGCGACGCUGGGACCUGGGCUCCCUCUGCCGGGCCCUGCUCACUCGGGGCCUGGCAGCCGUGGGCCACUCGCUCAAGCACGUGCUCAGUGCGAUCUUCUCCAAGAUCUUCGGUCCCUUGGCCAGCGUCGGGAACAUGGAUGAGAAAUCCAACAAGCUGCUGCUGGCUUUGGUGAUGCUCUUCCUAUUUGCCGUGAUCGUCCUCCAAUACGUGUGCCCCGGCACAGAAUGCCAGCUCCUCCGCCUUCAGGCGUUCAGCUCCCCGGUGCCGGAUCCGUACCGCUCGGAGGAUGAGAGCUCCGCCAGGUUUGUACCCCGCUACAAUUUCAGCCGCAGCGAUCUCCUGCGCAAGGUAGACUUCGACAUCAAGGGCGAUGACCUGAUCGUGUUCCUGCACAUCCAGAAGACUGGGGGAACCACUUUUGGCCGUCACCUGGUGCGCAACAUCCAGCUGGAGCAGCCAUGUGAGUGCCGCGUGGGGCAGAAGAAAUGCACUUGCCACCGGCCGGGUAAGAGGGAGACCUGGCUCUUCUCCAGGUUCUCCACCGGCUGGAGCUGCGGGCUGCAUGCCGACUGGACCGAGCUCACCAGCUGUGUGCCCGCAGUGGUGGAUGGCAAGCGCGAUGCCAGGCUGAGACCUUCCAGGUGGAGGAUUUUUCAGAUUCUAGAUGCAACUAGUAAGGAUAGAUGGGGUUCUUCAAACUACAACUCAGGUGCCAACUCUCCAUCAUCUACAAAGACCCGGAGCACAUCUAAGAGUGGGAAGAACUUCCACUAUAUUACCAUCCUCCGAGACCCAGUGUCUCGGUACUUGAGUGAAUGGAGGCAUGUUCAGAGAGGGGCAACAUGGAAAGCAUCCCUGCACGUCUGUGAUGGAAGGCCCCCAACUUCUGAAGAACUGCCCAGCUGCUACACAGGUGACGACUGGUCUGGCUGUCCUCUCAAAGAGUUCAUGGACUGCCCCUAUAAUCUGGCCAACAACCGUCAAGUGCGCAUGCUGUCUGACCUGACUCUAGUGGGCUGCUACAACCUCUCUGUCAUGCCAGAAAAGCAAAGAAACAAGGUCCUUCUGGAAAGUGCCAAGUCCAAUCUGAAGCACAUGGCAUUCUUUGGCCUCACCGAGUUUCAGCGCAAGACCCAGUACCUGUUUGAGAAGACCUUCAACAUGAACUUUAUUUCGCCGUUUACCCAAUACAACACCACUAGGGCCUCUAGCGUAGAGAUCAAUGAGGAAAUCCAAAAGCGUAUUGAGGGACUGAAUUUUCUGGAUAUGGAGUUAUACAGCUAUGCGAAAGACCUCUUUCUGCAAAGGUAUCAGUUUAUGAGGCAGAAAGAGCAUCAGGAUGCCAGGCGGAAGCGUCAGGAGCAACGCAAGUUUCUGAAGGGAAGAUUCCUUCAGACCCAUUUCCUGAGUCAGAGUCAGGGCCAGAACCAGAGUCCAGGGCAGAAUCUGAGUCAGAGUCCAAAUUCCAACCCAAAUCAGAAUCUGACUCAGAAUGUGAGUCAGAACCUGACUCAGAGUUCCAAACCCAAUUUGAUCCAGAAGGAGAACCGAGGAAGUCAGAAGCAGGGCUCAGGCCAGGAGCAGAGUGAUAGCACAAGCAAUGGCACCAACGACUACAUAGGCAGCGUAGAGACAUGGCGCUAAAGGCUCUCAAAGGUUUGUGCACACUGCUUCCCAAAGCACCACCAAAAAGAUGGCGUGUAUCUUACAAGAUGAAAAUGUCCAAACACAUCCUGCUUCCUUCAUUUUGGAAGUUCAAACAAAAAGUGUAGAUGUUGCCUUUACAGUUGCCUUUUGGUUCAGUGUUACACUGUGUGUGGCUAAAACAAAUCUCAGUGUGUAAUUAAAUUGUCGUUUUUUGGGAUGAACUAUUUCUGCAAUCCAAGAGCCAAACCAGACUCACCAGAAAUUGCAGUUUAGAUAUUUUAGGAAGUUCUUAAAUUAGCUAUGGAGACACAAAGAAAACACAAAAUGUGGCCAUUUAAACUUAGGGCUAAGAAAGAAAUUUUAAAUGAUUCCGGAUACUCUGUUAAAACCCAAUCUUGAGGGCACCCCCAACCCCGCCUGCCAGAGGGAAGCAUAAGUAAAACCAUGAGCAGACUAAAAGACACUCAAACCUUUCAUUUCCUGCUUGUUUUAACAAGGAGUCUAUUUAAACACAAAAACAACAGAUGAGAAAUUUUGCCAAACUGUAGAAAGUAAACAAUUUCUCACUUAAAUGUAGGUGGGUUUAUGUAAAAAUAUGGCUUUUCAAAUAGAUUGGGAUUCAUGUCUUGUAAUUUAACAGAUGUUUAAAAUUUUAAAUUUUUCUACCUUCUGCUGAUUAAAAGGUUUUAAACAGGGUAUAUCUCAUAUUAACAAAGCAUUUUUUUUUCCAAAUGGAAUACCAAUGGAAAGAUCCAGUUUCCAGAUGGUUUCAGGGCACUGUAAUUUCAACAAUUUCAAUCUUUUUGGCGCUGCUUCUCAUUCACUUUAAGGCUUCUUCGAGUUGUGCUCAUUCCAAAUGAAUCCAUGUGUAGAAUUUUACUUCAUCAUGUAAAUGGUUUGUUGCUGAAUCUCUUGUGGUAUUUAAUCCUGGAUUAAAGUCAGGACUUUCUAUAGAAUUGUCUUAUCAAUGUCUGUGUAGUAAGGUCCUUAACAAGAAACUAUCAAACAGGACAACGUGUCUUUAAAUAUUGCUACUAUUGCUGAAUUUAUUAUUCUUGACCAGAUUGAACCUGAAUGUGAACUGUUUAUUAUUUUGUUUCUUGUAAUGUUUCCAGUUUGGCUGGCUAUUUCUGGCCCAUGAUUCUUGUGUGUGCGUGUGGAAAGAUUUGUACACAAUAACAAGAG